AUGGCAUCCAACAACACCCCGCUGAGCACUAAGAUGAGCGAGUGGAACGCCAACCUCAGUCAGGCGUACCGAUCGCUCCCUGCUGCCGACCUCGACCGCUUCAAAUUUCAAGCCGCUUCCAAGAAUUCGGAGCGCCUUUCCGCAGAGCAGAGCGAGCUUCGUCGGGCCAAGCAUGCCGCGGAGAUGACGAGCUAUAUGCACACCGUGAUGAAGACUUGGCAAAGUCAGUCCGGAUGGGUCGGAUGGUGUGCGAUGGGUGGGUUGGACGCCAACGGCCAACCCGUCUAUCACUCGGGCGCCAAGACGGGCAAGGACCGGCACGGGCUGACGUUGCAAGAGCGAUUUGCACGAGAGUUCCAGUGUACGCCAGCGUUCAUCGACGGUAUCAUCCAAUCUUGGGUGCUGGACAUCUUCGACGCGCCUCAAGCCGCCAAGCCUUUGUUGUCGUUGUCAACAGGCGCUGGGAGUGGUCCUUCCAUCUCUCUAUCUGCAGUGACGGGCAAUGUCAGUCCCAAGCAGCCCCCGGUGCUUUCUCCGGGAAAGGUGGGAGAUCCUGUCCCGGAGCGCGCAGCCGUCGCCUUGGCGGCUACAGACGCGGCCAAACGGGCAGACACUUCGAUUUCCACCCCCAAGAGUGCGGCGAACAACCAGUUCAAUCCCUUUGACGAGACCUUCUCUAGCGACGGCGACGACGAUCUAGCCGCAGAGUUAGAGAAGGAUAUACAGAAGAAAGUUGGCGGCGACGUCGUCGUACAGACCGCCACUAUUGUGCCCAAGCUGCCAGCUGUGGAGGUAGGCCAGGCUCACAAGGCGACGAAAAGUAGCAAGCCCAAGAUGUUGUACGAGGCGAAGCAGUCUAGAUCAGUCACUGGCAACCCACCUGUAGAGCCCCCUGCGAAGCCACUGAACCAGAAAUCAACCGCUCAGCAGUCGACGCGGGGCAAGAGGCGAGGACUCGACACCGCUACUUCCGGGGCGGCCGUCACUUCACCAUUAACAGUGAACGAAGCCAUAACGAAGGCCCUAGCUGCGACGGAGCCCGCGAAGAAAUCGGUCAGACCACGUCCGAAGGUGAAGAAGACCAACGAGGCGUUGUCUGCACCUGCAGGCGACGAGUCCCUUCAAAACGCCGCGAAGGGGGCAUCGCCUGUGUCACACCAUGAUGGGGCCAAGAAGGCAUCUGUUCGCGUCGUGACUCGCUCGGGCCGGGUCAGAGUGCCCACUGCACGUUCACUGGAAGAGAGCCCAGACAUGUCUGCGGCGAAGAAACUUAACGCUACCAAGAAGCGAACCCGCGAGGAUGCAGACAGCAAAGGCACAGGGAAGAAGACUAGACGGGCCUGA